AUGACUGACGCUCCUCUCAAAGUAGCCAUCCUGAUCAUCUCGACGACGGCGUCCAAGGACCCUUCGACAGACAAGUCUGAACUUGUUCUCAGAGAUGUCAUCGAGAACGAGGGCGGCGGAAAGUGGAAAGUCACGGAAACCAAGAUCGUGCCAGACCAUGUGCCCCAGAUUCAGCGUCAAAUCAUGCUCUGGGCAGACCUGGGCCCCAUCGAAGGAGUCAACUUGAUCCUAACUACUGGAGGAACUGGCUUCGCAGUAUCAGACAAUACACCUGAGGCUGUAGCAACUCUCCUUCACCGGACCGCUCCGGGUCUGGUGCACGCAAUGCUGGCCUCGUCUCUGGCUGUGACCCCAUUCGCUAUGAUGUCCAGACCAGUGGCUGGCACUCGCAAUACUACCGUCAUCGUCACACUGCCCGGCUCUCCCAAGGGUGCCAAGGAGAACUUACAAGCUAUCCUAAAGACGUUGCCUCAUGCAUGCGUCCAGGCCGCUGGCGCAGACUCUCGAAUUCUUCAUGAAGGCGGAGUAAAGAAGCUUGAGUCGGAUGCUGGUAUAGACAUAAAAGCCACCUCCACGGCAUCAAAGCCCCAGAAAGACCACUCACACGGCCAUAACCAAGACCACAACCACAGUCACAGUCACCCCCAUGGCCAUUCCCACGUUCAUAGUCAAGGACAUGGGCAUGGGCAUGGGCACAGAGGCCCCGUCAGACACACGAAGCCGGGCGAUAACCCUUUGUCUAACGACCCGAGUCUUGGCCCCACACGCAGACAUAGAGAGUCACCAUACCCCAUGUUAGAGGUAGAUGAUGCCCUACGACUGAUCAAGGAUUUUACCCCUGAGGCCGAAGUUGUGACCUCCAAACUUGGCGUUAAUCUUGUGAACUCGGUGCUUGCAGAGGACGUCACAGCGAGAGAAAGUGUUCCGGCAUUCAGGGCGAGCAUUGUCGACGGGUACGCUGUGGUCGUGCCCGAUGAUGGCAACAUGAAGGGUGUCUUCCCUGUCACAGCGGUAUCCCACGCCGCACCCGGUAAUGUGAAGGGCCUCAAGGAAGGUGAAGUCGCCAGAAUAACGACAGGGGCCCCUCUGCCCCCUGGCGCCACUUCCGUCAUCAUGGUCGAGGAUACCGUCUUGAAAUCCAUGACUAAAGACGAGAAGGAGGAAAAGGAGGUUGAGAUCCUCGCCGACGGCGUUAAGCCCGGUGAAAACAUCCGCGAAGUCGGUAGCGACAUCCAGGAGAACGACGUGAUCCUCAAAAAGGGAGAACAGAUCUCUGGCGUCGGUGGCGAAAUUGGCCUUCUCGCAGCCGUCGGUGUCGCCGAAGUCAAGACUUACAAGCGCCCGGUCGUCGGCAUCCUCUCAACGGGCGAUGAGAUCAUCGAGCCGGAUCGUCCCGGCGGUCUUCGCCUGGGCGAAGUCCGCGACACGAACCGCAUCACGCUCAUGUCUGCCGUGCGUCAGUGGGGUUUCGAGGUCAUCGACCUUGGCAUCGCGCGCGACAAGGCCAACUCGCUUGAGGAGAACCUGCGUGAGGGCCUACGCCGCAGCGACCUGCUAAUCACCACGGGUGGCGUUUCCAUGGGUGAACUCGACCUCCUGAAGCCGACCAUAGAGCGGUCCCUUGGCGGCACGAUUCACUUUGGACGCGUGGCCAUGAAACCGGGCAAGCCGACCACCUUCGCCACAGUGCCGGCCAAGACAACGCUCGGCGAGCGGGUCACCAAGGCUGUCUUCUCGCUGCCCGGAAACCCGGCCUCGGCUCUUGUGACUUUCCACCUCUUCGUCCUGCCAGCGUUGCACAAGCUCUCGGGGAUCGAACCUAUUGGGUUGCCCAAGGUGCCUGUGACCCUGGCUCAUGAAUUCCCCCUUGAUAAGAUGCGCCCCGAAUACCACCGCGCGAUUGUCACGGUAGGGAAGGAUGGGUCGCUUUCGGCAAGCAGCACUGGUGGCCAGAGAAGCUCAAAGGUCGGCAGCUUGAAAUCUGCGAACGCGCUGCUUGCUUUGCCAACGGGCUCGGGCCCACUGGAGAAGGGAAGCAAGGUCGAGGCCCUUCUGAUGGGUGAUGUCCGGGCAGAGCUUUAA